UUCCCCUCUGAUUGCAUCAGUUCGUCUAAGUUGGUAGCCGGGGAAAGAAAGACAUUGAUCAUGGUGGAGCCGGUUCCUGAAUCCAUCCACUUCCCUUCUGAGGAAAAGAGGAUCCUGCAGCUGUGGAAGGACAAGGACUGCUUCCAGGAGUGUCUCAAACAGUCCAAGAACAGGCCCAAGUACACGUUCUAUGACGGGCCUCCGUUCGCCACAGGUCUCCCCCACUACGGUCACAUCCUGGCAGGGACCAUCAAAGACAUCGUGACUCGCUUCGCCCACCAGAGCGGGUUCCACGUGGACCGCCGGUUCGGCUGGGACUGUCACGGCCUGCCUGUGGAGUAUGAGAUUGAUAAGACCCUGGACAUCAAGGGACCGGCCGAUGUGGCCAAGAUGGGGAUUGCUGAGUACAACAGGCAAUGCAGGAUGAUCGUCAUGAGAUACGCUAACGAAUGGGAGAUCUCUGUAACCAGGAUGGGACGGUGGAUUGACUUUAAGAACGACUACAAGACUCUGUACCCCUGGUUCAUGGAGACGGUCUGGUGGGUGUUCAGGCAGCUGUAUGAUAAAGGUCUGGUGUACCGCGGGGUGAAGGUCAUGCCCUUCUCUACCGCCUGUAACACGCCACUGUCCAACUUCGAGUCUAACCAGAACUACAAGGAUGUGCAGGAUCCAUCAGUGAUAGUGAACUUCCCUCUUCUGGAGGAUGAGAACGUGAGUCUGAUCGCUUGGACAACCACCCCCUGGACUCUGCCUAGCAACCUGGCUCUCUGCGUCAACUCAGAGUUGCAGUAUGUCAAGGUCAAAGACAACAGCACUGGGAAGGUGUACAUUAUGAUGGAGGCCAGGCUGGUGGCACUCUUCAAGACAGAGGAGGAAUACACCAUCAUGGACAA